AUGGGUCUCGACUUCAAGGUCUUCCAUUCUACUCGUCCCAGCGCAACCAGGACUGGUCCGUCGGGACACGACGACUUGAAAUGGGUACCUACAAGCUCAACCUUGAUAUUCGGCGACAAAGAUGCCGUUCUUGUCGAUGCUCAAUUGACAGAGGAAGCUGCAAAGGAACUAGUGAGCUGGGUGGUGGACGCUGACAAGAACAUCACACAUAUUUACGUCACCCAUGCGCAUGGCGAUCACUUUUUCGGCUGCGGUCUGCUCCUCGAGACUUUUCCAAACGCAAAAGUGGUCGCGACAAGCGAGGUAGUGGCCGGCAUGGAUAACGAGUUGACCUCGAAGAGACAGGAAUUCUGGAACAAACUUUUCCCAGGCAAGAUUCCGAAGAACCUUGUUUCGGGUAGCCCUCUACACGCAGAUCAGCUGGAGCUUGAGGGCGAAAGUCUACAUGCCCUCAGAGUAGGCCACACAGAUACGGACGACACUACCAUUCUCUGGGUUCCUUCCAUUGGCCUCGCUGUGGUUGGUGACGCCGUCUACGCGAACACCCACCCCUACCUAGGGGAGGCGAAAUCUGAAUCAUCACGACUGGAGUGGAUUGCAGCACUGGACAAGAUCGCUGCUCUCUGCCCUAAAGCUGUCGUGGGGGGACACAGUGAUCCCAGCAAAGGUCAUGAUCCGCAGGCGAUUGAAGAAACAAAAGUCUACUUGCAAAACUUUAACCGGCUUUGCGAAGAGACAGAAACAGCUGAAGAACUUUACCAUCGCUUACUCGAUUUGUAUCCUAAACGCAUUAAUCCCGGAUCGGCAUGGGCUGGUGCUAGUCUUGUAAAGAAACUAUCCUAA